UGACGUACAUUUGAUGUGUCGUAGUAGUUCUGUGUCAACAUGGCUGCUCGCGCUGGAGAAAAGCGUGGUCUGAAGCAUUUAGAUGAAUAUGAACCAAAACCGGCAAAACACCUAAAAAGUCUGCACGAUCAGAUGACGGAAAAGCGUCUUGUUGUUGUUUUAGAAGGAGCGACACUUGAAACCGUAAAGGUUGGAAAGACAUUUGAGUUGUUGAACUGUGAUCAGCAUAAGAGUAUGAUUCUGAAGAGUGGAAGAGACCCAGGGAAGAUUCGUCCUGAUAUCACACAUCAGUGCCUGCUGAUGUUACUGGACAGUCCUUUGAAUAGAGCUGGACUGCUGCAAGUGUACAUUCACACAGAGAAGAAUGUUUUGAUUGAGAUCAACCCACAGACAAGAAUUCCUCGCACCUUUCCAAGAUUUUGUGGACUGAUGGUCCAGCUCCUGCACAAGUUGAGUGUGAGAGCAGCGGAUGGCUCUCAGCGUUUGUUGAGGCUCAUUAAAAAUCCAGUGUCGGACCACCUGCCACCUGGAUGCCCCCGAUUUUCCACUUCGUUCAAAGCAGGAGAUGCUGUAUGUCCCAGAACAAUCAUCCCUAAAGAUGGACCUGCCGCUGUUGUCAUUGGAGCAUUUGCGCAUGGAGCAGUGGAUGUUGACUACACAGAGAAGACCUUGUCCAUCAGUAACUAUCCUCUAUCUGCAGCUCUGACCUGUGCCAAGAUGUGUUCAGCGUUUGAGGAGGUCUGGGGAGUCUUAUGACAAAACCAAUCUGAUAUGAACUGUCCUGUUUCUGCCUGAUGAGGGAACAGACCUUUGGACCGCAUUCUGUGUGUAUGCGUUUCAUAUGUGACGUCACAACAGAGGAGAUUAUUUCAUGUAUUGUAACACAAUUAUACCACGCUGAUUUAAACAGUACUCUGCUGUGGUAUUAAGCCUAAAGCUUUUUGUAUAGGUUUACACAGAUUUGCUUUUAAAUCUGUUCCUGAUAUGUAAAACAACACUUUUCCUGGUUUUCUCCUUGCAAUAAAAUAGAUGUUCAAAUUCUCUUUUACAAACCAGGC